UGCCAUAUUACACCAGAUUUGAGGCAGCUAAUUUAAACUCUAAUGUUUUCUUUAUAUAAGAAAAUCAUAACCAUUGGUGGGUUUGGGGAGUAAUUUGAAUACUGUGGCUUUCUUGGAAGUGAAUGACAACACUGAUCCAACCUCCCCUUCAUUCCUUCCUUUCAAACUCUUAACACUCCUGGCAGGAAAAUGAUUCUAGCAUUGGUUUACUGAAAGUCAGGCAGUGUCUUCACAGGUAGUGGUUGACCAGUCCCGAGAUUGGGUGAAGCCACACAUAUGCGCGCUGUGGCAAUUCAUCAAAUGGAUGUAAACUCGUAAAUUCAGUUUACUGAGGUUUUAGGUGAGUGUGGCAUCCCCUUGGCGUGCUUUUUCUACGCAACCAACAGCGUCUCUUGGCAAAGAGUCAUUACUGACUUCCUCGGAGCGUUUUCCUGACGAUCCAGUCUGCAGUGAAUCACGGACCAGCCUCCAGGUGUGCGCGGCAUUCUCCACCCGGUUCCGGAUUGCGCUGGUUUAUUCAUGCCGAGGGGAGGACCCGCCAGGGGCUCGGCGCUGGGGCUGCGGGGGCCGCGGGAGAUGCUGGGGGGUCGCGGUCUGCGGGGCUCACGCACCGGCUCGCCCGCCGCCUUUCCCAUGAGGCCCCGCUCCGCAGGGGAGUGUCUGCGCCCGGACCGGUCCCCGCCGCCCGGCCCCUUCCCGCGGAGGCUGCACAAAGGUGUCUGGCUGCCGUCCGCCAACAGGCCAGCUUUCUCAAAGUGCUUUUAAGUUUCCUUUUUUUUUUUUUUUCUUUUGAGGAGGGGCGAAGAAGAGGAGCUUUUUCCAUUUACAUUCCUUUCCUUGUAUGUAGAUACCGAGAGGAAACUCAGCACUGGGCAUGUUCGGAUGUUGAAUGGUUUUGCUGAUAAGCAACCAGCCCUCCCGGAACCGAAGACUUAAAAUAGUCGUCACCCCUCCCGUCCCCACCCCCCCGCAGGAGCUGCAAAUGGUAUCUGCCAAACAGAUGACAGAGUACCUUGGACUGAAUCACACACAGACAGCGUUUUGAGCCGGACGCUCGGCCAAACUCGUGUAAUUACUGUUUAUAGCUGGCCGAGGCUGACCAGGAGAGGGCAAACCCAAGAGGAAAUAAGUUUCUUGAACCUUGGAGAAAUGGCUGUGUGUUAAUUAAAGGCUAGGACGGGUACUUCUCACUCACGCACCAAGUUGUUCUUGAGAUCACAGUUCGCAGCACGGUUCCUCUGGAGGGAGUGAGUAGAUAAUUGGGAUCUUUUUGUCUUUUUUUUCCCCCGCUCUCCUUUUUCUCUCCUCCUCUCCGUUUUGGUCUUAUGGCCUCGAACCCGCGGUGAAUUGAAGCGAGAAAGAAAUGGAUAUGUCUGACCCCAAUUUUUGGACUGUGCUCUCAAACUUUACUUUGCCUCAUUUGAGGAGUGGGAACAGGCUUCGGCGAACACAAAGUUGCCGAACCAGCAACCGGAAAAGCUUGAUAGGCAAUGGACAGUCCCCAGCAUUGCCUCGGCCCCACUCACCUCUUUCUGCUCAUGCAGGAAAUAGCCCUCAAGAUAGUCCAAGAAAUUUCUCCCCCAGUGCCUCUGCCCAUUUUUCAUUUGCACGGAGGACUGAUGGACGCCGCUGGUCCUUGGCUUCCCUCCCCUCCUCUGGCUAUGGGACAAACACUCCCAGCUCUACGGUCUCUUCAUCCUGUUCCUCCCAGGAGAAGUUGCAUCAGUUACCAUAUCAACCGACACCUGAUGAAUUACACUUCUUAUCAAAACAUUUCUGUACCACCGAAAGCAUCACCACAGAGAACAGAUGCAGGAACACACCCAUGCGCCCCCGCUCCCGAAGUCUGAGCCCUGGACGUUCUCCCGCCUGCUGUGACCAUGAAAUAAUUAUGAUGAACCAUGUCUACAAAGAAAGAUUCCCAAAGGCUACAGCUCAGAUGGAAGAGCGCCUGAAAGAUGUCAUCACCAGCCACUCUCCAGACCACGUCCUGCCGCUUGCAGAUGGGGUGCUCAGCUUCACUCACCAUCAGAUUAUUGAACUGGCUCGCGAUUGUUUGGAUAAGUCCCACCAGGGUCUCAUCACCUCACGAUACUUCCUUGAAUUGCAGCACAAAUUAGAUAAGCUGCUACAGGAGGCUCACAAUCGUUCAGAAAGUGGAGAGCUGGCAUUUAUUAAACAACUAGUUCGAAAGAUCCUGAUUGUUAUCGCCCGCCCUGCUCGUUUAUUAGAGUGCCUGGAAUUUGAUCCCGAAGAAUUUUACUACCUAUUAGAAGCAGCAGAAGGCCAUGCCAAAGAAGGACAGGGUAUUAAAACUGACAUUCCCAGGUACAUCAUUAGCCAGCUUGGCCUCAAUAAAGAUCCUCUGGAAGAAAUGGCUCAGCUGGGAAACUAUGAUAGUGGGACAGCAGAAACACCAGAAACAGAUGAAUCAGUGAGUAGCUCUAAUGCUUCCCUGAAACUUCGAAGGAAACCUCGGGAAAGUGAUUUUGAAACGAUUAAAUUGAUCAGCAAUGGAGCCUAUGGGGCAGUCUAUUUCGUUCGGCAUAAGGAAUCCCGGCAGAGGUUUGCCAUGAAGAAGAUUAAUAAACAGAACCUCAUCCUCCGAAACCAGAUCCAGCAGGCCUUUGUGGAACGGGAUAUCCUGACUUUUGCAGAAAACCCUUUUGUGGUCAGCAUGUAUUGCUCCUUUGAGACCAGGCGCCACUUGUGCAUGGUCAUGGAAUACGUGGAAGGGGGUGACUGUGCUACCUUAAUGAAGAACAUGGGUCCUCUCCCUGUUGACAUGGCCAGGAUGUACUUUGCUGAGACGGUCCUGGCCUUGGAAUAUCUACAUAAUUAUGGAAUUGUACAUAGGGAUUUGAAACCAGACAAUUUGUUGGUCACCUCCAUGGGGCACAUAAAGCUGACAGAUUUUGGAUUAUCCAAGGUGGGACUCAUGAGCAUGACUACCAAUCUUUAUGAGGGUCAUAUUGAGAAGGACGCCCGAGAGUUCCUGGACAAGCAGGUCUGUGGCACACCUGAAUACAUUGCACCAGAAGUGAUUCUGAGGCAGGGCUACGGGAAGCCAGUGGACUGGUGGGCCAUGGGGAUUAUCCUCUAUGAAUUUCUGGUUGGAUGCGUGCCGUUCUUUGGGGACACUCCAGAAGAGCUAUUUGGACAAGUCAUCAGUGAUGAGAUCAACUGGCCUGAAAAGGAUGAGGCACCACCUCCUGAUGCCCAGGAUCUGAUUACCUUGCUCCUCAGGCAGAAUCCCCUGGAGAGACUGGGAACAGGUGGUGCCUACGAAGUCAAACAACAUCGAUUCUUCCGUUGCUUAGACUGGAACAGUUUGCUGAGACAGAAGGCAGAAUUCAUUCCCCAACUGGAAUCUGAAGACGACACAAGUUAUUUUGAUACUCGGUCAGAGAAGUACCAUCAUAUGGAGACUGAGGAAGAAGAUGACACGAAUGAUGAAGACUUUAAUGUGGAAAUAAGGCAGUUUUCCUCAUGUUCACAUAGGUUUUCUAAGGUUUUCAGCAGUAUGGAUCGAGGUACUCAGAAUUCAGGAGAAGAAAAGGAAGACCCUGGGGACAAAACUAAAUGCACAACUUUGCCAUCCACGGAAACGUUAAGCUGGAGUUCAGAGUAUUCUGAAAUGCAACAGUUAUCCACAUCCAACUCUUCGGAUACCGAAAGCAACAGACAUAGACUCGGUUCUGGGCUGCUUCCCAAGCUGGCUGUUUCAGCAGAGGCAGAACAUGAUGGGGCUGCUCCCCACCCCAGAGAGCUGCACGAGGAGCCGGAAAAGCCAGCCCUCCCCCCUGCAGAGAGUGCUCAGGAGGAGCCAGAGGUCACCACCCCGGCCAGCACCAUCAGCAGCUCCACUCUGUCAGUUGGCAGUUUUUCAGAGCACUUGGAUCAGAUAAAUGGACGAAGCGAGUGUGUGGACAGUACAGAUAAUGCCUCAAAGCCCUCCAGUGAACCCGCUUCUCACAUGGCUCGGCAGCGAUUAGAAAGCACAGAGAAAAAGAAAAUCUCGGGGAAAGUCACAAAGUCCCUUUCUGCCAGUGCUCUGUCCCUCAUGAUCCCAGGAGAUAUGUUUGCUGUUUCUCCACUGGGAAGUCCAAUGUCUCCCCAUUCCCUGUCCUCGGACCCUUCUUCCUCAAGGGACUCCUCUCCCAGCCGAGAUUCUUCAGGAGCUUCUGCCAGUCCACACCAGCCCAUUGUGAUCCACAGUUUGGGGAAGAACUAUGGUUUCACCAUCCGAGCCAUCCGGGUGUACGUGGGAGACAGCGACAUUUACACAGUGCAUCACAUCGUUUGGAAUGUAGAAGAAGGAAGUCCGGCUUGCCAGGCAGGACUGAAGGCUGGGGAUCUGAUCACGCACAUCAAUGGAGAACCAGUGCAUGGACUUGUCCACACAGAAGUUAUAGAGCUCCUGCUAAAGAGUGGAAAUAAGGUGUCAAUCACAACCACCCCAUUUGAAAACACAUCAAUCAAAACAGGACCAGCCAGGAGAAACAGCUAUAAGAGCCGGAUGGUGAGGCGGAGCAAGAAAUCUAAGAAGAAGGAAAGUCUAGAAAGGAGGAGAUCCCUUUUCAAAAAACUAGCCAAGCAGCCUUCUCCUUUACUCCACACCAGCCGAAGUUUCUCCUGCUUGAACCGAUCCCUGUCAUCAGGGGAGAGCCUCCCAGGGUCCCCCACUCACAGCUUGUCUCCCCGAUCCCCUACACCCAGCUACCGUUCCACCCCCGACUUCCCAUCCGGUACUAACUCCUCCCAGAGCAGCUCCCCAAGCUCCAGUGCCCCCAACUCCCCGGCGGGGUCCGGACACAUCCGGCCCAGCACGCUCCAUGGUCUGGCCCCCAAACUCAGCGGGCAGCGCUACCGGUCAGGAAGGCGGAAGUCAGCCGGCAGCAUCCCCCUGUCUCCGCUGGCCCGGACACCCUCUCCGACCCCACAGCCCACCUCCCCGCAGCGGUCCCCAUCCCCUCUGCUGGGGCACUCACUUGGCAAUUCCAAGAUGGCCCAAGCCUUUCCCAGCAAAAUGCACUCCCCACCCACCAUCGUCAGGCACGUUGUGAGGCCCAAGAGUGCGGAACCCCCUCGGUCCCCGCUGCUCAAGCGCGUGCAGUCGGAGGAGAAGCUCUCUCCCUCCUAUGGAGGCGACAAGAAGCACCUGUGCUCCCGCAAGCACAGCCUGGAGGUCACCCAGGAGGAGGUGCCGCGGGAGCAGCAACAGCGGGAGGUGACCUUGCAGAGCCUGGAGGAGAACGUGUGCGAUGCGCCUGCCCUCAGCCGGGCCAGGCCCGUGGAGCAAGGCUGCCUGAAGCGCCCCGUGUCCCGGAAGCUGGGCCGCCAGGAGUCUGUGGACGAGCUGGACCGAGAGAAGCUGAAGGCCAAGGUGGUGGUGAAGAAACCUGACGGGCUCUCGGAAAAACAGGAAUCCCGCCCGAAGCCCCACGGACUCGGCAGUGACUUGGAAAACCUCUGCGCUUUUAGGCUCGAAGAGAGAGAGAAGAAAAUCUAUCCGAAAGCUUCAGAGAGGUCAAGUCAUUUUGAGAGCAGAGCAGCCGGGCAGGAGGCGCAGCCCCUGUGCAGCCUUUUGAAAGACGCCCUCCACAAGCAGGCCAGCGUGCGGGCCAGCGAGGGUGUCGCCUCUGAGGGGGCGCCGGCAGCCGGGGACCACGGCCAGGGCACCUGUGACCUCAAACGAGCCUCGACUCACAGCACCCUCCCGGACGGCCUCUGCCACGCCCCCCACAGGUCCACCUCUGGGAAGGGGGACACCGCGGAGAAGGCCCCCCAGGCCAAGGAGGGUGUGCGGUGUGAGAAGUUAGACAGCAAGUUGGCCAACAUCGAUUACCUCCGGAAGAAGAUGUCCCUCGAAGACAAAGACGAGAGCCCCUGCUCUGUGCUCAAGCCCAAGGUGGCGGCCGGUGUCCAGGAGGGCCUGCCCGGGAGCCUGGGCCGGGCCAUGGGAGGGCAACAGGAGGCCCCGCCAGCCCCCGAGGGCCGCACGCCGUUCAUUGGCAGCGCCCAUGCGGCUCAGCUCAGCGCCGUCGCCUUUGUCCCUCUCAAGGCCCUUUCUGGCCGGGUGGACAGCGGAGUGGAGAAGCCGGGCUUGGCUGCCCCAGAGUCGCCUGUCCGGAAAAGCCCCUCCGAGUAUAAGCUGGAAGGGAGGUCUGUGUCAUGCCUGAAGCCCAUUGAAGGCACCUUGGACAUCGCUCUCCUGUCGGGACCGCAGGCCUCCAAGACAGAGCUGCCUUCCCCGGAUCCUGCCCAGAGCCCCAGCCCGGGCAGUGAUGCGGGGUCCCCCGUGCCCCUGGCUGUCCCCAGCAGCACAGGGAGAAAGACUGACCCCGCGGGCCAGAAAGAGCCCUCCCCGGCUGGCUUCAAGGUGAGCAAAGCCUACCUGCUCGAGCCUCGGUUCCCGCCAUCCAGCCGGGGUCUGCAGAGUUCACCGGUGGCUGCCCCGCCUGACCCAGAGCUGAAGCUGGACAAGAAGGUCUCCCAGGCAGCCCACACCCCAGCGACCAUCAUGGAGAGCCAUCCCCAGCGGGGAGAGGGCCACCCCAGCCAGCACCAAGACCGCAGCCCCGACGUUAAGCUCCUUCCCUUCCCGGGGCAGAACCUCCAAGGUGCCAACGCAUCUCGAUCCCGCAGCCCACUCUCUCCUGAAAGUGUCCCCCCCAGGGAGAAGCCGAGUGGGAGGGAGUUGUCCGAAAGGGGCCCUUCCAUAGUCAGGAGCGAGCGGUCAGCUGCGAGGCCCGACAUCCGCAAAGAGUCCUCCAAGGAGCUGUGUUCCCCAGAAGCUGCUAAACCCAGCGACAGCUCCCAAACCCUCCCUGUGGUGGGGAGGACCCGCCCGGAUAUCUCCACCCAGACCCAGGCCUUGGAAAAAGCAUGCGGGCCUUGCGGGAGAGCAAACCCCAGAGACGGCCGAGAGGAGGUGAGGCUGCUGGCCAGAGAGGACUCCUCUUUGCGCUCUGCGGGGGCUCCUUGUGAGAGAGAUCUGGGUGCAGAGAGUGGCCUGGAAUCCAGGAUGGAACCCACUUCUGCCAAGUGGUCUCUGGAGCCACCCAGGCCAGAGAGUGAGAAGAGUGAAAGGCCUUCUGGUUUCCAGUCUGUGCAGAAAGACAGUCCCAAGGAACCAGAAAGGAAAGAACAGCCCCCGCAAAAGCACCUCACCAGUAACUCUCAGCCGGGUCCCAAGGAACCAGAAAGGAAAGAACAGCCCCUGCAAAAGCACAUCACCAGUAGUUCUCAGCCAGGUCCCAAAGAACUAGAAAGAAAAGAACAGCUCCCACAAAAGCACCUUACCAGUAGUUCUCAAAUGGGUCCCAAGGAACUGGAAAGGAAAGAACAGCCCCUGCAAAAGCACCUUACCAGUAGUUCUCAGCCGGUUCCCAAGGAACCAGAAAGGAAAGAACCGUGUUUGCAGAAGCACCUCACCAGUAGUUCUCAGCCGGGUCCCAAGGAACCAGAAAGGAAAGAACAGCCCCUUCAAAAGCACCUCACCAGUAGUUCUCAGCUGGGUCCCAAGGAACCAGAAAGGAAAGAACAGCCCCUGCAAAAGCACCUCACCAGUAGUUCUCAGCCGGGUCCCAAGGAACUAGAACGUAAAGAACAGUGUUUGCAGAAGCACCUCACCAGUAGUUCUCAGCCAGGUCCCAAAGAACUGGAAAAGAAAGAACAGCUCCCACAAAAGCACCUUACCAGUAGUUCUCAGCUGGGUCCCAAGGAACUGGAAAGCAAAGAACAGCCUCUGCAAAAGCACGUCACCAGUAACUCUCAGCUGAGUCCCAGGGAACCAGAAAUGAAAGAACAGCCUCUGCAAAAGCACCUCACCAGUAGUUCUCAGCCGGGUCCCAAGGAACCGGAAAGCAAAGAACAGCCUCUGCAAAAGCACCUCACCAGUAACUCUCAGCUGGGUCCCAAGGAACUAGAAAGGAAAGAACAGUGUUCGCAGAAGCACCUCACCAGUAGUUCUCAGCUGGGUCCCAAGGAACUGGAAAGGAAAGAACAGUGUUUGCAGAAGCACCUCACCAGUAGUUCUCAGCUGGGUCCCAAGGAACCAGAAAGGAAAGAACAGCCUCUGCAAAAGCACGUCACCAGUAGUUCUCAGCUGGGUCCCAAGGAGCUGGAAAGGAAAGAACAGUGUUUGCAGAAGCACCUCACCAGUAGUUCUCAGCUGGGUCCCAAGGAACCAGAAAGCAAAGAACAACCUCCACAAAAGCAUGUCACCAGUAGCUCUCAGCUGAGUCCCAGGGAACCAGAAAUGAAAGAACAGCCUCUGCAAAAGCACCUCACCGGUAGUUUUCAGGUGAGUCCCAAGGAACCAGAAAGGAAAGAACAGCCCCCACAAAAGCACCUCACCAGUAACUCUCAGCUGGGUCCCAAGGAACCAGAAAGGAAAGAACAGUGUUCGCAGAAGCACCUCACCAGUAGUUCUCAGCCAGGUCCCAAGGAACCAGAAAGGAAAGAACAGUGUUUGCAGAAGCACCUCACCAGUAGUUUUCAGGUGGGUCCCAAGGAACCGGAAAGGAAAGAACAGCCCCUGCAAAAGCAUGUCACCAGUAGUUCUCAGGUGGGUCCCAAGGAACCAGAAAGGAAAGAACUGUGUUUGCAGAAGCACCUCACCAGUAGUUUUCAGGUGGGUCCCAAGGAACCAGAAACGAAAGAACAGCCUCUGCAAAGGCACCUCACCAGUUGUUCUCAGCCGGGUCCCCAGGAACUGGAAAGGAAAGAACAACCUCCACAAAAGCAUGUCACCAGUAGCUCUCAGCUGAGUCCCAGGGAACUGGAAAGGAAAGAACAGCCCCCACAAAAGCACCUCACCAGUAGCUGUCAGCCCCCACCCCCCACCAAAGAGCUCCCUGGCCCGGCUUGUCAGCACUACAUUCUGCCCAGCCACCCCACCGCCUCUCUGCCGGGGAGCAAGCCCUGUGCUACAGACUCCAGCUUCCAGGACGCUCUCAGGCCCGCUGCUCUGCACGGUGACAGCAGCAGCCAUAAGCCCAGGUCUGACCCCAGCCUGGGCCCUCCAAAGUCUAAGUUCCCAGACCGGCCCCUCUCCUCCCAGAAGCCGGGCGCUGAGGCUGCAGUGAGCAAAGAGCCUGGCGCUCAGACCCUUGGCAGAGCGGGGGUGGGGAGCAGUAAGGGUGCGUCAGAGGAGUUCCCUGUCCUCCCAGGUCCCCAGGAUACAGCCCGUGAAGUGACUGGCCAGGGAGCCAGUGGGCGCUCAGUCCCCCUGCCCAUGGAAGGGGGUCCUCGAGACACAAAGCUGAGACCCACCAGCGCUGGGUGUCCCCCAGAGGCACUGGAGAUGCGAGGACUCCUCGGGGCCAGUGAGUCAGUGGACCAGAAACUUCCCACCAUCAGGGAAAGGCAAAACCCGUCUCCAAAGGCCCCCACACCAUCCACUGUGAAAGAUUGUCCCCCUCUGUGCAGACAGACAGACAGGAGCCCGAGCCCGCUGGCCGCCAGCGCCAACACCGGCGAGUCUGAAGGGAAGAAACGCACUGAAGCACUUUACACCCCUGUGGGUGGUGAGAAGCCAGGCGCCAGCGUGGCCUCGGUGCACAGUGAGGCUGGGCCCAAGGGUGCGGAGAAGCCGGCAGCAGCCACUGGGAAGGGCUGGCCGGAGGCCAAGGGGCAAGGGCCCAGUCCCCAGAGGCCACUGAGCGAGGCGAGCAAGCCCAGCGGCAUGAAGCGGUCACCCUCAGCCACAGUGCAGAGCUCGCUCCGCUGUGCCACCCUCCCAGAGAAGUCUCUGAGCUACUCCUGUGGCUUUCCCGAGGCCAGACCAGCAGUUCCAGAGACUUCUACCACCUCCAGCGACACCUCCUCUGCCAAGGCCGGUGGGCCUGCAGCAGAACCCCCAGCCUCGAGCAGCAGGGACCAGCGGAAAGCCCUGCCUGGCGAGGGUGGCAGAACCCAAAUGACCAAGAGCGACUCCUUGCCAUCCUUCCGCAGCUCAGCCAUCACUCUGGAGUCCCAGCACCCCAACCCUGGCCUGGUGGCGGGCACCAGCCACCGGGACUGGGCCCUCUCAGUAACCGCCGCCGUGGGAGAAGCCAAAGGGAAAGAGCCAGCCCCCACCCCGCCAGCUCAGACCAGGAACCAGAGUGUGGGCAGAGAGGCGGCCAAGCCGUCCCCCGCUCCAAGCACUGAGCGCCCCGUCGUUCUCCCUUCUGAGAAGGACACUGGGCUGCGACAGAGGCGGGGGAAAGAGAGUUUGCGCGGCAGCCCCCACAAAAAGGCCUUGUGAUGGGGCAGGCUCGGGCGGUACUGGGGAAACCCACCCUGCGUGUGUAACUGCGUCUUGACUACCUUGGAAACCAGCAUUGUGGGACACCACCCCCCCCCCACCCCCCUGCUAUUGGCAGAGCCUGGAGCCUCACUGAAGAAGCUAGGAGACAAGAGACAGAGAAAGAGGGGACCUUCUUCCAAAUGCCUUCCCAAAUUGGAACCGGUAAACUGUUACCAGAUAGUGUUUGUACAAAAUAAAACAACAAAAAAAAAUUCUUUCUGGUUGAGGUUGAGGGUUGUUGAGGGAAAAGACUUUCUCUGUAAAUAUCUAGCAAUGUGUUUGGUUUGGGAUGUAGAGUCGAUACCUUGCUGAUGGCAUCAUUUACUACAACUUUUGGGGUUUUUUUAGUAGAAUGUUUGCUCUACCAUUGAUCACGAUGCAGUCAUGAUGCGAAAUGGCUAAAGCUGGGUGCUUGUUAAAAUAUAGAUGCACCCUUGUUUGUGUAUAUACACAUCCACCCACGUGUUUUGGUCUGUGGUUGAAGAGACUCUUGCAAGGCUACAUUUUUUUCUAAGCUAAAACAUUCUGAGUAGAGUUGAUGGUGAAAGCAAGCCUGAAAUACACUAGAUUGUGAGUUUGUAUGUGUAUUUUUAACCAGAAGUUUUGAUAGCACUAUAUCUGGCUACCUAUCUUUCCAGAUCUAAAGCAAGAAUGACUAGAAUCACUGCAUCUGGAAUGCUCCUCCAUCAGGAAUGGUCACAACAGAUGGAGCUAGCCAUUUUCAUUUCACUAAUGGCCAUUUUGAUCCUGGGCCCAGCUGUCUCAGAGGCCAGUUGUCCUUGUCUGUGGGCGUGUGUGUCAACUCUUCACCAUAGGUAGAGUGAGGGCUAUAAACACACGUUGAUUUUUAUUUCUGUUCUGGUUUCCCUCCUUCCCAUGCUCUUAAAUAAACUCAGGCCUUUAUGCUAUGAGUCGCUAGUCCGAGAAGCACACAUUUUGUAGUAGUUCUGCGCCCACCCUGCUGUUGAGCAAAAAAGAAAAUAACUGGCCGCACACAAAUCUGCUCGUAUUUAGGUUGAUUAAUAAGCACUAGGCAUUGGAAGAGGUUUUCACUUUGCUUUUUUGAGGAAAAGUGGAGGGGGUAUGGAUUUUGGCAUCAUAGCAUAUAUUUUAAGGAAUAAUCAGGACAUCAGAUACAUUUUAAUACAUAGCUGGGGCCUUAUGUUGUAGAUGAAGCUUGCUGUUUUUAGCAAGUUCCUGGGUUUCACAUUCAUUUCUGGUGCAUCAAGUAGCUCCAUACAUUUCAUAACAUGGUCUCUUUAUUUGUAUGCAAAAAAAUAUAUAUAUACUGUAUUAAUAAAGAGCAGCAUUUUUGUAACAAAAAGACUUGUUGGAGCUAUUUGGUGCUUGAAUGUGACUGUCCUUUUUACUUUUGCUAAGCCUUAUUUAAAUUUUGUAUACCAUGGAAUAUGUAGGAUCUGUCCAGUCAUUUUAGUGCUGAGGGGGUCUUCAUGUUUUUUUGUUGCAGUUUUCCUGGUGGCUUGUUUUGUAUUAUGAGACGGCACUUGCUGACAUAAGUACUAAGGCACUAAGAGAAAAUACACACAGCUAAGUAUUUAUAAGAUGCUUGGGAUCCAUAGCAGGAUUUUUGUUUUGUUUUGUAAGAGAAAAAAAUCACCAGUAAAUACUAGUCAAGCACCCAAUCCCCCUCCCCUGCAGGGAUGUCUUCGUAUCUUCAGGCUAUAAAAUUGUUCACCUAAGCACAGCAUCAUCUUACAUCCCUGUGGAUUGUAAAUCAUUUAGUGAGGCUGUAAACUCCACUCCAAAAACAAAGGCAUAACUUAACCAAUUGCUUGGUUGUCCUUCAUUGUAAAAUGAGUUGACAGUGGUGAAAAACUCUCUUCCUUGCCCCUGAUUUUUUUCCCAUGAGAUUUUAGCCGUUUCCCAUCACUAUGUUGUGAAUUGUAGAAGAAACAAAUAUUUUGAAAGAACUUAAAUGGGUUUCAAAAAUGGUCUCAACAUUUAUAAUUCAUACCUGCAUUCGGCGGCUGUCAUAACCUAACCCUUCUGCACUCAGACAUUUAGACAGGUCUGUCGGGGAGGUAAUGUAUGGUUUACAGCCUUUGCUUUUAACUGUCCAAUUUUCUUUAAAGCACAACUAGCUGCUUGUUUACAAAUGAUAUUUUAAAAUGUAUAUUUUGUAUAGUGUAUUAUCAUUUUUGCCAAAUAUGUUUUUGCAUUUUGGAUGGCUACAGAGUCCCUAAGAUUGCAUUCGUGUAGUAACUGUUUGUUGUUGUAAACCUCUCCAGUCAGAUGGUAGAAGCCCUCCUGUGUUCUGUUUGGUCGGUCUCCUGUGAUUGUACGGUGUGCUCCUCCCUAGUACUCCGAGCUGUAGAUUUACCAGCUUCAAGUUUGUUAGGAUCUGUGCAAUAAAGUGUGUGCAGUCUUAUUUUCUCUAAGAAAUUCCCUAUGGAUGUCAUAAUUGUUGUAUAUUGAACAAAUAUUUAUACUUAUGCAGUUGCAUAACAUUGAAAUAAAAAUUUAGCAUGAAAAGAUAA